CAACAGCCACCGAUUUCUUUCCAUUUAAGAGCACAUACACAACUCAUCGCCUUUGUCUCCUCCCUCCAUUCUCCUCUGCAAAUCCACGAUCGUCGUUACGGUGGCACCGAAGCCGAUAACUUUCCUAUCGAUCAGGAGGAGUAUCUAGUCGGUGCCGGAGUCCUCGCUCGAGGUCAACAGCUUCCUGAAGCACCGGAAAUGCUUCCGUAUGCGACAAUUGUGGAGGCGGAAGCGGCGCUGGGGCGGAAUCUGACCUUCUUGGAGGUCGUCUGGUUCCGCUACUCUUCCCGGAUGCCCGACUACCUCCUCUACUACCACAGUAUUUUAUGCAUCUUCGUAGUCUUCACCCUCGCCCCGCUCCCUCUCGCUCUCAUCGAGCUAGGCCUCCCCGCCUCCAUCUCGCCGUUCAAGAUCCAGCCCAAGGUUCGCCAUCCGCCGACAUUGUUCUUCCACUGCUACAAGGAGGCCAUGUGGACGCUCAUCCUCUCCGUCGGAUCGUUCCAAUUAACGUGUUACCCCGUCUUCAAGUUUGUAGGCAUAAGGACGGGGCUGCCCCUUCCCUCGUUUUGGGAGGCGGCUUUGCAGCUCUUAGUCUACUUCUUGGUGGAAGACUAUCUCAACUACUGGCUACACCGACUACUGCAUACUAAAUGGGUGUACGAGAAGAUCCACUACAUCCACCAUGAAUACGCAGCGCCGAUCGGCUGGCACGCACUCUAUGCCCAUUGGGGUGACUUGCUGUUCCCUGGGAUCGUCGCCUUUGCAGGGCCCGCUUUGGUCCCUUGCCACGUUGUCAUCCUCUGGCUCUUCGGGUCCCUCCUCGUGCUUGCAUCGAUUGAGUGCCACACUGGAUAUGACUUCCCUUGGUCUCCAACCAAAUUUGUUCCCUUCUAUGGAGGAGCCAUAUAUCAUGAUUAUCAUCAUUCUGUAGGAUAUCAUAGCCAAAGCAAUUUUGGUUCAUUUUUUACCUACUGUGACUAUGUUUACGGCACAGACAAGGGAUACAGAUACCGCAAGGCACUCCUAGCAAAGUUAAAGGCGCCGUCGUCAGACUACAAUGAAGAAGGACAAACCCAUGGUUUUAAGAACGACCGGAAGUUCGAUUAGGCUUAUGGUUCUCUUGCAUGAGCUGUACUGGUCUGUUUGUUAGUUGCAAACUUCUACCUAGCAGAUCUCUCACUUCAUAUUGCAAUAGAUAAUAGAAGUGGGAUUAAUUUGUGUCCUCUGUGUGUGUGAUCUUUGGAGAAUUGGGUUGAUUAUAUCUAUAUCAUCAGGAUAUUUCCAAUAAAGGUCAUCAGUUCGCCUGUUC